UUUAAUGGUUCACUGAAAAAGCACCUGUUUGAAACAAGUUUUGGCUAGAAAGGACAAAACAAAUCCAAGUGAUUCUGUAAAUUAGCUGCAGGAUAUUUGAUUGGCUAUUUCUCAUAUUACCAUAUUACAACGCAUACAUUUUUAUAUUUGGAUCAAGAUAAAAAUUGACAAGUAAAGUCGAAAAUAUAGAUGAAUAGGAUACCUUUGAUUUCAUGCAUCAGUUUUCAAGAGUGGGCAGUGGAUGUCUGAGUUAUAUUAAUGGUUUUUGCUAAAUUAAAUGAAAGUCUUGAAAAAUAUAAAACAAGUAAAAUAUUAAUUUAGUGAAAAAGGAAAAGCAAGCCCAUUUUUUAAAUUAAGUAGUGCCAUUGAAAUAACCUUCAAAUACUGCCCCAUUGCAAUAAGACAUACAGAGGCAGCAUCAUUGAGAUAAGACACACAGGGGCAGCAUCAUUGCAAUAAGACACAUAUGUAUACAGACACAGACAUACACAUUGAGAUGAAGUAGUGGCCAGAGUCAGGACGAUGCACAGCUGCCUCCCUUCACUCAGCUGAGUAAUGCGCAGCAGUGUGUGUGUGCGCGUGCGUUUGGAGGAGAGACCUCCGUGAGAGCGUCUAUGCAGUACACGUGACUCUGUUGCCAUGGCGUGAUCUACGUGUUGAUGUCUGCAGUGGUUUGUGUUGAUGUGCAUGUUGCUGGCAGGGACAGAGGGAGAGCGAGAGGGGGCUGAGGGAGAGAGAAAGAGGAGAGCGAGAGGGGGGCGACAUCUAGCAUUGGCGGGAGACUAAGCUGAGAGAGAGAGAGAGAGAGGCUUCCUCCACUGGCCUUUCAGCCAGCCAGUUCCAGCCAGUCACCGGGGAUCCCUAGCCACCGUUGGAACCCCCUUCCCCCUCUUUCUUCCCUCGUACAAGCCACUUAGCCUCUCUGCCUCUCCUUUUAGUCUCUCAUCAGAUGGAUGGAUGGAUAUAGCACUGGAAUCCCCUCCGCAACCCGCCUCCAUUGGCGGGAUGCAUAGAGAUAUGAUAGCAAUGCAAUAGGACUGGGAUCUCCUCUUUGAGAACCAUUUGUCUUCCAUUGGCUGUAUAGACAUAGAUAAGAGAUACUGUGGUUAAAGGGAGGCACCUACAGUACCUAAGAGAUAGUUUCUACAUAUGUAGCUACAAGCUUCCUACCUACUGACCUACUUAUAUAUUGCUGUUCAGGGGAAUACCGUCUACUGCUGAAGGAAAUACAGUCGCUAUCCAACUAGCUGCUGUGACUGGGGAAGAUAUCACUGGGAGAUUCCAGAAAUGAGGAAGAGCACUCGGCGGGGGUCUAGGUGCUCGUCUUGGUGGGGGUUAUCGUUGAUCUGUCAUCUGUGACUCUGCGAAGAACCACCAAAGAGGCUGACAGACCAAAAUAGAAGAGAUGGAGACAUGGCUGUUGGUUGUUGAGGAAAGAAAGCCUUGGUUUUGCCUAUUCAGACAGGGCUUCUGUUGAGGACAGCCAGGGGUGACAGCUAUAGAACAGCUACAGGAUAUACAGCUAAAGUACAGCACCAUGCCUGAAGCCAACACCAUGCUCUGUGUCUCCUGGGGGUACAUCAAGUUCAAGAGGAUGUUGAACCGGGAGCUGACCCACCUGUCAGAGAUGAGUCGCUCCGGCAACCAGGUGUCAGAGUUCAUCUCCAACACCUUCCUUGACAAGCAGAAUGAGUUGGAGUUGCCGUGCCCUAUGGCCAAGACCAGGGAGAGGAAGAAGAGAACCCACCACCAGACCCAGCAGGGGGGUCAGACUCCGAGUCAAGGGACGAUGACCCAGAUCAGUGGGGUCAGGAAGGUCAGCCAAACCCCCGUGCUCCAAGGCUGCAGCGUCAGCCGCUUCGGGGUCAAAACAGACCAGGAGGACCUGCUGUCUAAGGACCUUGAGGACAUCAACAAGUGGGGUCUGAACAUCUUCAGGGUGGCCGAGCACUCCCACAACCGCCCGCUCACAUGCACCAUGUACACCAUCUUCCAGGAGCGAGACUUGAUGAAGACGUUCAAGAUCCCCGCGGACACAUUCGUGACCUUCAUGUUGACCCUGGAAGCGCACUACCACGCCGACGUAGAAUACCACAACAGCCUCCACGCUGCAGACGUGGCCCAGUCCACACACAUCCUGCUCGCCACACCCGCUCUGGACGCCGUCUUCACAGAUCUGGAGAUCUUGGCGGCCAUCUUUGCGGCAGCCAUCCAUGAUGUGGACCAUCCUGGGGUCUCCAACCAGUUCCUCAUUAACACCAACUCCGAGCUGGCCCUGAUGUAUAACGACGAGUCGGUCCUGGAGAACCACCACCUGGCCGUGGGCUUCAAGCUGCUGCAGGAGGACAACUGUGACAUCUUUCAGAACCUGACCAAAAAACAACGCCAGUCCCUCAGGAGAAUGGUCAUAGACAUGGUACUGGCCACUGACAUGUCCAAACACAUGAGCCUGCUGGCUGACCUGAAGACCAUGGUGGAGACCAAGAAGGUGACCAGCUCUGGAGUACUGCUGCUAGACAACUACACAGACAAGAUACAGGUGAUGCGUAACAUGGUUCAUUGUGCAGACCUGAGCAAUCCGACCAAGUCACUGGACCUGUACCGCCAGUGGACCGACCGCAUCAUGAACGAGUUCUCCCACCAGGGAGACCGGGAGAGGGAGAGAGGCAUCGAGAUCAGCCCCAUGUGUGAUAAGCAUACGGCUUCUGUGGAGAAGAGCCAGGUGGGCUUCAUAGACUACAUCGUCCACCCUCUGUGGGAGACGUGGGCUGACCUGGUGCACCCUGACGCCCAGGAUAUCCUGGAUACCCUGGAAGACAACAGGAACUGGUACCAGAGCAUGAUCCCCCAGAGCCCCUCUCCCCCCUUCUGCACCGGAGACGGAGAGCUAGAGGGCGGAGAAGGAGGUCACAAGUUCCAGUUUGAGCUGACGCUAGAUGACGGACAGGAUGAGGAUGGACAGAUAGGAAGGGAGGAGGGCGAGAGGGGGACAGAAGGGGGACGGUCGCCAAUGGACCAGGGUGGACUAGAGAUGGAGAUACGUGGGGCUUCCCCCACAUAACAAGCCUUGACCGUGAUCUUUAUAAAAGCACCAGUUUUAGGCUGUGUUUGGCAUCUUGUUUUAUUGCAGUGGAGGAAUCCUGCAAUCUGGCUCUUUGAAGCUGCUCUGCUUGUGCGCGAGGGCCUGACUGACUUAGGGCCCCUGCAGAAGAGGGUGGGGGACCCCAACACUUGUUUUGGGAACCCUCCGAAAGCAGAUUAUGAUGAGUUGAAGAGCGUGAUUGCCUUGAAGGAGUGCUGUUGAACCGCUGUGUGGCAGAAGUACCAUAUCUUAGUCCUUAGCCAGAUACUACAAUCUUUGCUCUGACAAAUAAGAUGAAGCUCAUUCACGCUAAGAGACUAUGGUGUUCAAUUGGGACAAGAUGAGAGACACUUGCACUUCAGAAUGAUUGUUGUUCUUCGUGACUGUUUUCGGGUAUAUGUUUUGUUUUGUAACGGGAUUGGAUGGGAUGUUGCCGGGUAGCGUUCAAAGUUCCAACUAGUGGUCCACAGGUAUUUGUAACACGUGUCUGAAGACUUUCGUGUGCCUUUUUUUAUGACCGUGUCUUUUCUAUGUCCUUUUAUAAUUUAUUUAACAGUUUUAAGUCGUUAUUAUAAAAUGUUUGUUUUCUACACACAACUCAUCUUAGUUGUCUCUCGAAUGAGAGGAAAAUACUUCCGGUCUUUCUCAGCAAUAGUGUAUUCCCAAUUUGUGCUUUGUGGACUUUCCAAAAUCGUCGGACUUCCCAGCACAAGUGGCACUUUUUGUCGCAAGGGUUGAGAGCUAGAACAGCGUUUAAACUAAAGAAUCGGGUUAUUCUUUCCACACCCAACUCAUAGCACUAGGCGCUCAAUGUUAUGCGUCACGUGUUAUCUCACAAAUCUCAAGUCAAUGUUAACAAAUGCCACAUAAGUUGGAUAUUCGCAGCAAAGCUGUUGCAAACCUGCUCCUUAUUAUUUUACGUAUUUGCCAACCGUAAAAGCAAUUAUCUCCAUCAUUCCAAUUUUCCCAGUGGGAAAAACCAACGAAAGUCAAUGUAAACUGUCCUAACCAAUAAGCUCCAAAGAUGACCUGAUGAAAGCACUUUAACAGCCAGAUGGAACUCAGUCCAACAGAGGUGUUGUGCCACAUCUGAUUAGCACUUAAUUAAAUAUCUUAGUAUUCUUUCGCAAAAAAAAUUGAAUUAUUUCUGCGUAUCUCCCUUCCAAGAAUGGAAGUCCAGUAAAUGGGAUCUCCUAAUCUAAUUCGUGCACAGUAUUUAAGACAAUUAAGGCCAAUCAAAUGAACCAUUGAGUGGUUUCUUUCCAAAGAGAAAGAGAAAAAUGUCACAUGAUAUUUUGAAGCCCUAGACUAGCCUUGUGACGGUCAACCAAUGUCAAAAAAAACAAACCUCCAUACAACAAUAUUUGACAAUCAGCUGAUGUUAUACUUUUGGUUGCCAGGUCCCUCUUGAGGUGACCACCGCCAACAACACAUCUCUCGAGGUUUGGCAGGAAUCGCAGAGCAACAAACACAAUGAAACUAAACCAAAAACAAAUAGAAUCUUUCUACAAGUUGAUUCUAUGUUAAUUUAAUGUCACCUAAAAGGUCCCCUGUAGGAAGUGGAGAUACUGAAGUGUAAUGUAAAAAAAAAUUAAAAAAUAAUUAAAUCCAUGAUUUCUGUCCAGCACUUUGACGAGCUGAACAGCUCAGCACCUAGUUGCUCUUCUGUCAACAAUACAUCUAAAUGGUACUGCCAUGGAAGCUUCAACACUCAGCUUCUACAGUGUGGGGAGAUCUGAAUAACAUCACUAGAUGACAAUACUUCCCUUUGUGUUUGUGUGUGUGUGUGUGUGUGUGUGUGUGUGUGUGUGUGUGUGUGUGUGUGUGUGUGUGUGUGUGUGUGUGUGUGUGUGUGUGUGUGUGUGUGAGGAUAACUUAGCUGCACAAUCUCCUCGUCCAUGCACCUAGUCCUUUGUCGAUCCAUGAACUGUUUGAAACAGUGUAUUUAUGACUUUGAUCUGUAAGUAGAAUCCUAUUCACAAAAAGUAUGUUUGGUAUAAUUUAUAUGCACUACCAUUACCUGUCAAAACAAGUGAAAUAUUUGUUAUAAUGUAUAAUACUCAAGUUUUUGCAGAUUUCCAGAGAACAUUCUUAAACAUCUGUGUUACUUGGCAGAAAACUGAGGUGGUUGGCAGAAACGUAAUUCCUCGGUUUCCAUUGUUUUCCUGUUAUCUGGAGCCAUAUGAAGGCUGCAGUGAACCUAUAUGAUGUGUGGUGACGGGUCAUUGUACAGCUAGCUGUAUGUUUAUUGAAAUAUUACAUUGUUUAAGAUGUACCCAUAUUUCCCAUGUGUUUCUCAGAAGUCUCACACAGUGCAUGGUAAGGUAUUGUAUAUUGUGUUCAACACGUAUUUUUUAUGAAAUGAUUAAAAUGAGCAUGAAUUUACUCUA